AUGACACGGCUCCUGCUAGCCACUACAGACUCUAUGACGACUAAGACGUCCCUAAAAGACGGUGCCCCCCAUAAUUACACGACUCCAUCUUUCCCCUCCCUCUACCUCAUCUUCGGCCCUAAAGACGUCCGACGCCCGCAAUACCUGUACAACAGAGGCGAUAUAUGGCGCUUCACGCUUUACUGGACGCUGAUCGUCUUUGCAGCCGCACAUAUUGCCGCUGGUACUUAUGCCGUGGCUGUCGUGUGGUGGGGAAGUCGGGAGCAGAGGACGAGGUUGGGCAUGGGUAGGAAGAAGGGUUUGGGAGGGCCGAACCGACAGGGCAAUACAGAAAGGCAGGGCGUUGGCGAUGGUGCCGGUGGGAAUAGAGAGAAAGUGCAAGCAGGCAUCAAAGGGACGGGCAUUAGUGGGAUGUGGAUUGUACCGGCGCUGUAUGCCCUUGUAGCUGGUGUGGAAGGGGUCCUGACGGGGAGUGUGGUUGGCUUGCUGUGA